AUGGACGGAUCGGAAACUUCCCAAGCUCCAUUUGCGUUUGUCUACAACUAUGUCGACAAGGACACGUUGCACAAGUAUCUUCGCUUGACGAUAAUUGUGUGCUUGUAUGUUUUCUUGAGAUCAUACUACUCCAACUACGCCAAACAAAAAGAGAUCCAGCGCAAGAUCGACGAGGACAAGAGGGAAAAGGCAUUGGAAAAGGAGAAGGCGGAAACCGAAGAAGCCGAGACGUUGAGCAAACUUGACGAUGAGGCGCAGACUUUUGGCUGGGGAAAAGCCACCAGAAGAACCGUGAAGCGUCAAAGUGCUGCGUUGAAGCAGCAGGCGGAAGACUUGAGAGAGUACCACCAGAGCGCAUACGAUGCAGCAGAAGACCACGACAUUGACGAUUUGUUGGAGGAUUGA